ACAAAUUUAAUACUGUGCCGCUAAAAGGAAAAAGUUUACACAACAUCCAGUUGAUUAAUUACAAUUAUUCCCCCUGUUAUGUUGUAGAGCAAAAAUGAUUUGCCUGUUUGUUCUGUCUAAAAGUUAGAGCUUUUGUUUAUUUAUAGAUUAGAUCUAUCAAUUUUAAUAGUGUAGACCUCUGAAACCAAAACAAUUACACAAACCCCAAAACUAGAAUCCGAUAAAAACUGGACUCUUAAAACAAUAAUACCUCUGUGUUAUGUUGGUUUUGCUUUGAAUCUCCAUUCUUCAGCACCCUUUAAUUGGUUGAUCUGGUGGUUUGUUGGCUACGUGCUGCUGGAGACUAGUUAUUUUUCUACAAUUGGCAAUACUAUUUUUUUUUUAACAAUCAAGCGUUACGUUUCGGGAGAAUUCAACAUUUCUUUUUUGGGUUUGAUUUGGACUUUUAGUUCUUCUACAUUGUGUAGUUGUGUGAAUUGUUGAUCCAUAAUUCGGAUUGAAACUUGGUUGUCGUGAUCUAAUUUUCUCGGUUUUUAGUAAUGUGAGUGUGAUGCUACAAUCACGUGAGAAACAUCUGUUUUUGUUAUUGGAAGAAAAGUGUUGUGGAGAAAAUAGGUGUUGUACGGACUAAUGGAAACGUAUCUAGAAGCUUAUAUUUUAUGACAUGUUGUGGUAUUGGUUGUUCUUGGAGAUUUAUGUGAAAGGGAUUGAUUAUUUUAGUGCACUUUGAAACUCAAAUUGUUAAAGAGUGUAGCAAAAUUUGGACAUGAGAAGCUCCUGGUUCAAUAAACUUUCUGUCAUUUUUGGGCCUAGACCGCCGGUCAGUUGGUUGUUAUUAUGCCUUAUUAGUAUUGUUGCACUUGUUGCCGUCUUAGGAUCAUCAUCUUCAAAUACCUUUGACUCUUUAACUUCAAUCCAAAAACCUGAUAUUUAUACAAACUAUCGAAGGCUAAAGGAGCAAGCUGCAGUUGAUUACUUGGAGCUGAGAACUCUCUCUUUGGGUGUGAGUCGGCCAAAGGAGUAUGACCUUUGUGGCAAAGAGAGAGAAAAUUUUGUACCAUGUUACAAUGUGUCAGCAAAUUUGUUGGCUGGAUUUCUAGAUGGGGAGGAGUUUGAUCGGCAUUGUGAAAUUUCUAGACUAGGAGAGCGGUGCUUGGUACGCCCUCCAAAGGAUUAUAAGAUCCCCUUAAGGUGGCCCGCUGGCAGGGAUGUGAUAUGGAGCGGAAAUGUGAAAAUUACAAAAGACCAAUUUCUUUCGUCUGGAAGUAUGACGAAAAGAUUGAUGUUACUGGAAGAGAAUCAAAUCGCAUUUCAUUCCGAGGAUGGAUUGAUUUUUGAUGGUGUCAAAGAUUACUCUCGCCAAGUCGCUGAGAUGAUAGGGUUGGGAAGUGACUCCGAAUUUGGUCAAGCUGGUGUUCACACCAUACUCGAUAUUGGUUGUGGAUUUGGAAGCUUUGCAGCUCAUUUAGUGUCACUGAAGCUAAUGGCUAUUUGUGUUGCGGCAUAUGAAGCCACUGGCAGUCAAGUCCAAUUGGCCCUUGAGAGAGGUCUUCCAGCUAUGAUUGGGAAUUUCAUCUCAAGACAACUUCCAUAUCCAUCAUUGUCAUUUGACAUGGUUCAUUGUGCUCAGUGCGGUAUCAAUUGGGACCAAAAAGAUGGAAUGUUCCUUAUAGAAGUGGAUCGAUUACUUAAGCCUGGAGGUUACUUCGUUUUAACCUCGCCUGCAACCAAGCCACGUGGAAGUUCACUGAGUAUGAAGAAGAGGGGCAUGCUAAAACCGAUGCAAGAAUUCGCCGAAAAAAUCUGCUGGACUCUGAUGGCCCAGCAAGAUGAGACAUUCAUUUGGCAGAAGACUGUGGAUUCUCAUUGCCAUUUAUCUAGAAAGCAGGCUAUACCACUUUGCCAAGAAGGACCUGAUGCUGUAAAAUACUAUCAGCCCCUCGUGCCAUGUAUUAGUGGGACAACCAGCAAGCGCUGGAUUUCCAUUCAGAAGAGAUCUGCUGGUUCCCAGUUGAGCUCAGCUGAGCUUGAAGUUCAUGGAGUUAAGCCUGAAGAUUUCAGUGAAGACUUACAGGUCUGGAGGAUGGCUCUGAAAAAUUAUUGGUCUUUGCUUACUCCCUUGAUUUUCUCUGACCAUCCUAAGAGGCCUGGUGAUGAAGAUCCAUUACCUCCAUUUAACAUGAUCCGCAAUGUAAUGGACAUGAAUGCUCAAUAUGGAGGUUUAAAUGCUGCAUUUCAGGAGGAGAAAAAAUCUGUGUGGGUGAUGAAUGUUGUGCCUGUCACAGCUCGAGAUACACUUUCUCUCAUACUUGAUAGAGGUUUUGCUGGUGUUUUGCACGAUUGGUGUGAACCCUUCCCAACAUACCCCCGAACAUAUGACAUGAUUCAUGCAAAUGGGCUCCUCUCCCACCUCUCUGAAAAAGUUUCUUCAGAAAGAUGUGAUACGAUGGACUUGCUUUUGGAGAUGGAUCGGAUACUACGCCCUGAGGGAUGGGUAGUUAUUUCUGAUAAGUUGGGAGCUAUAGAAAUGGCACGCUCACUUGCUACACAGAUACGCUGGGAAGCAAGGGUGAUCGACCUGCAGAAUGGCAGUGACCAGCGACUACUUGUUUGUCAAAAACCUUUUGUGAAAAAAUGAUUGAUUGGCAGCAGGAGAUCUCACCAUACAACAUGUAUACUUUUUUGGCUCUGGUAAUCGUCCAGAAAGUAUGGAGUAUUAACUGUAGGCAAUAAUGGCGUUAUUUGCUGGUUAUUAUUGCCAGAGCAGGAGUCUCUUGACUGCUUCACCAUCACCAUGUGUGUGAGCACAUGCCGGGGCCCCAGGGUCUUGGCAGAGAUCAUUUCAACAACUGAAGCUGUAGAUUAGAAAGGAGGUUUGCUGCACAACACAAAGCUAAAGCUAAAGCUGCCGCAAUUCAUUUUAUUUUAUUUAUUUGUCAACGCGUUUGUAGCAAUUCAUUCAUCCAAUUUUUUGGCGUCUCUUUUGGUUUCUCUAUUUCUUUAUUUUUUGGAAGUUGGACAGAAGAAUCUGUAUUGAACAAUCACGAAAUGUCAUAGCUACAUUUAUUGUAACUCUCCUUCUCUCAAAGUAUAGUUGUAUCUGAAUUGAAUUACUCAAAAAGAGACAUUUACAUUUACUAAAUGCAAUGUGUUU